AAGCCUUUUAGUAUACACACAGAAGCAACUACGGCACAGUUCACACAGUCACACUUCACACACUGCAGCCAUCUGAGUUCACAGCACCAUGUCCAGUAUAGCUAACCACUUGGCCAGGAGGAAAGCUAGGGAGGAAGGUGAAGGUAGCAACGACAAGGCCAUCCCCUUUAACAAGCAAGACUUCCAGACCCUGAGGAGAGAGUGUCUGGAGAGCGGGAAACUCUUCAGUGACACAUCUUUCCCUGCUGAUUGGAACUCUCUUGGGUACAAUGAGUUGGGUCGCUACUCUUCAAAAACCCGGGGCGUGGAGUGGAAAAGACCAAAGGAGUUGUGCUCAAACCCUCAGUUCAUUGUUGAAGGAGCCACGAGAACUGACAUCUGCCAAGGGGCUUUGGGUGACUGUUGGUUGCUGGCAGCCCUUGCCUCUCUUACCUUGGACAAAGACAUCUUGGCUCGAGUGGUACCCCCUGGGCAGAGCUUUGAGGAGAAUUAUGCUGGCAUCUUUCACUUCCAGUUUUGGCAGUAUGGACAGUGGGUGGAUGUUGUGAUUGACGAUAGGCUGCCCACAAGAGAGGGGAAACUGCUGUUUGUUCACUCAGCUGAGGGCUCAGAGUUUUGGAGCGCCCUGCUGGAGAAGGCCUAUGCUAAAGUCAACAGUUCCUAUGAGGCCUUGUCUGGGGGCUCCACCACAGAAGGCUUUGAGGACUUCACUGGGGGCAUCGCUGAGACAUAUAAUCUUAGCAAUGCCCCACAGUGCCUGUUCAAAAUCAUGAAGAAGGCCCUGGGGCUGGGUUCUCUAUUGGGCUGCUCCAUUGAUAUAACAAGUGCGUACGAGACGGAGGCAGUUACUGGUCAGAAGCUGGUGAAGGGGCAUGCGUACUCAAUCACUGCAGCAGAAGAGGUACACCUGCAUGGGACUCCAGUUGAGCUGGUGAGGAUCAGAAACCCCUGGGGUCAGGUGGAGUGGACGGGUGCCUGGAGCGAUGAUUCCAGGGAAUGGGAUGGCGUACGACCGGAGGAGAAAUCCAAGCUAGACCACUCUGCAGAAGAUGGAGAGUUUUGGAUGGCCUACUCUGAUUUCCUAAGGCAGUACUCCAAGCUGGAGAUCUGCAACCUGACUCCAGACACGCUGGUCAGUGAUGAAGUGGGUCGCUGGAACCACUACCAGUUUGAGGGGAUGUGGAGGGUAGGCUCUACCGCUGGAGGAUGCAGGAACCAUGCAGCCACAUUCUGCUCAAACCCCCAGUUUGCCAUUAAAUUGGAUGAUGUGGAUGAUGACCCUCAUGAUGGCAAGGAUGGCUGCACCUUCUUGGUGGGCCUCAUGCAAAAAGACGGCCGCAAAGAGAGGAGAUUCAGCCGGGACCUCAACACCAUUGGCUUUUCAAUAUACCAGGUUCCUGAUGAGUAUAAGGGCCGCACCAACAUCCACCUGGGCCCAGAUGUGCUGCUGAGACAGAAGUCUGUGGCAAUGAGCAAUACCUUCAUCAACCUGCGGGAGAUCUGUGACCGCUUCAAGUUGCCCCCCGGGGAGUACGUCAUCAUCCCCUCCACGUUUGAGCCGCACAAGAAGGGCAGCUUCCUCUUGAGAGUCUUCGCCGAGAAGCAUGCUGCCACCAGUCCAAUGGAAGAGGAUAUCAGUGUGGAAGUUGACGAGCCUGAUAUUACAGAGGGUGAUGUGGAUCCCUACUUCAAACGUCUAUUCUUGCAGAUUGCUGGAAGCGAUUCCGAAGUUUCUGCCUUUGAACUUCAAAAGAUUUUAAACAGAGUGGUAACUCAGAGAUCUCACGUCAAAACCGAUGGAUUUAGCCUCGAGACCUGUCGUCACAUCAUCAGUCUGUUGGAUAUGGAUGGCAAUGCAAAGUUGGGCCUGGUUGAGUUCCAUACUGUGUGGACUAAGAUCCAGAAGUAUUUGGAAAUCUUCAAAAGUCACGACUCUGACAACUCUGGCACGAUGAGCACCCACGAGAUGAGGGGGGCGUUGACUGAAGCAGGAUUUCAGCUUAACAGCGAGGUGCUCCAGCUAAUUGUGUCCCGCUACGCUAACUCAGAGUACUCCAUGGACUUUGACUGCUUCAUGGGCUGCCUGAUACGACUGGAAAUGCUAUUUAAAAUGUUCAAAACACUUGACAAACAUGACAGUGGGAAGAUCGAAUUGGAUGCAUUGCAGUGGGUCUGCCUGGGCCUCAAUUAAGAUUCCAGAGAUAAUAAUCUACUACAGGGACAGAUGAAGACAUACAACUCAAUUGCAUUGGACUUUACGGCUAAGAUUUCUCAAUGUGUUAUUUUACUGUUGCUUUUAUUGAAUGAGACUUGGACAAAAUACUUUAUAGGGCUCUUGUCUACAAUAGCCUAUGGAUCACUCUACACCAGGGUUGGGGUCAAUCAGAUUGAAAAAAUAUUUUAUAUUUUACCAUAAGACAUAUUGAGACCUAGGUCUCUUGUUCAAAUGUGCCCUGCGCAAUACAACAACAAAAAUAUACACA